UCGGACAGAAGGCGGAAGCUCCGCCGAGACAGCUGUCUUCGAUUCGCCGGAAUAUUCCGAUAUUCAGCUCUAAGUGCAAAGAAGUGAUAUAUCCCGGCGAAGUGGAAAAUAAAAGGAUACGUUGACAGUUUCCUUUGUUUGAGCUUUGCAGUUCAAGAAACCUAUCGAAUACGUAGAAAACUUUGCUUCAAAUUUGGUGCGAGCUGUUCAUAUAACAUGCCUUAUCUUGUGCGUGAAAGAUUAUUCUUUGGUAACAUCACUGACGCCGCGGAGAUUCUCCAAAAUGGAAGCAACGAAUUCACACACAUUCUCUCCGUUCUUAGUUCAGACUCUAUAUCCUUCUUCUCAGAGUGGCGCAGGCUCUCAAUACCGAGCAAACAUAUCAGAAAGGUAUACGUUGCGGACUUGAAAGCAGAAGAUAUCUCGAAUAAUGCUUUGAGGAGUUCACUGCCACCACAGAAGCUCCUCUACUCGUUGGAAUAUGCUGGCCAGGAUCUGAAAUUUGUAAGAAUGGCUGUGCCUUUGAGAGAUUCCGAAAAUGAAGAUCUUCUGGAUCACUUGGAUGUGUGCUUGGAUUUUAUCGAAGAUGCUAAGAAAGAGGGAUCUGUUUUGGUGCAUUGUUUUGCUGGUGUAUCAAGAAGUGUAGCUAUUAUUAUGGCAUACGUGAUGAGAACCGAACGACUAUCACAAGAAGAUGCUUUGGAAUCACUACGGCAAUGCUGCGAAUCCGUGUGCCCAAACGACGGUUUCCUCGAGCAGCUGAAAAUGUUUGAACAAAUGGGAUACAAAGUCGAUCACGCCAGUCCCAUAUACAAACGGUUCCGCUUAAAAGUAUUAGGCGAUUCUUACAACCGUGGAGAUAAGCUAGAUGGCUCUCGAUUCGCUCCUGAUCCUGGCUUACCAGCCGAAAAAUCUUCUUCUGAUUCUGAAGCAUCAUCGGUCGAGAGAGAUGGGCCACAUUAUCCAGCCUACAGCUGCAAGAAAUGCCACAGGAUUGUUGCAUCGCUGGAAAAUGUUGUCGAUCAUGUUCCUGGAGAAGGCGACACAUGGCCAAAAAGGAAUCGUUACAACCAAUCCAACGACAACGAAUGCUCCUCUGUUUUUGUAGAACCCAUUCAGUGGAUGACUACAGUGGAGGAAGGUGGUGUGGAGGGCAAACUUGUGUGUCCGAAGUGCGCAGGGCGAGUCGGGUACUUCAACUGGUCAGGCAUCCAGUGCAGCUGCGGGAGUUGGAUCACCCCGGCCUUUCAGCUCCACAAGGGCUGUGUCGAUAUCACUAGAAAGUCCCCCUGAGACCAUACGGUUGUUGUCGAAAAGGUACACUCAAGGGCAUUUUAGUCAUUUCACUAUAUUUUGUCGAGUGAAGAAGUUUGCUUGUGAAUAAUACUACGAUGCUGUUACGAAUUUCAAUUUUACAUCGUGUUCAUUUUGAAGGAUUAGAUAAAUAUUAUAUAUUAUGUUACUUUA